UUUUCUGAGAGAGUCAGUCCCUGGUGCCGCUUCGCUUCGCUCUGGUGGUAACGCCCCGUCCCUUGACCGUUUUCUUGAGGCGACCAGUGAGUACUGAUCAACCACGACUUCUUCUUCAACCACUCUCUUAAACAUCUCUACCACUCGGCCCUCUUCAAGAGACCCUCGGCAAGAUGAAGACUACUUGGAAGGAUAUCCCACCGGUGCCCACCAACCAGGAGUUUCUCGACAUUGUCCUGUCGCGAACUCAGCGCCGACUGCCCACCCAGAUCCGAUCCGGUUUCAAGAUCUCUCGUAUCCGUGGCUUCUACACCCGCAAAGUCAAGUUCACCCAGGAGACAUUCAGCGAGAAGUUCUCCCUCAUCCUCGAGAGCUUCCCUCGCCUCGAGGACAUCCAUCCUUUCCACAAGGAUCUGCUCAACACCCUCUACGACUCGGACCAUUACAAGAUCGCCCUCGGUCAGCUCUCCACCGCCAAGCAUCUCAUCGAGUCCAUCUCCCGCGACUAUGUCCGACUCCUCAAGUACGCCCAGUCGCUGUUUCAGUGCAAGCAGCUCAAGCGCGCAGCCCUAGGUCGUAUGGCUACCCUCCUCAAGCGUCUCAAGGACAGUCUCGCAUAUCUCGACCAGGUCAGGCAACAUCUGGGCCGUCUGCCCUCCAUCGACCCCAACACCCGCACCCUCCUCCUGUGCGGUUUCCCCAAUGUCGGAAAGUCCAGUUUCCUCAAGUCCAUCUCCCGAGCUGACGUCGAGGUUGCGCCCUAUGCCUUCACCACAAAGUCCCUGUACGUCGGACAUUUCGACUUCAAGUACCUGCGCUUCCAGGCCAUUGAUACUCCCGGUCUGCUGGAUGGCCCCCUUGAGUCCAAGACGACGGUUGAAAUGCAGUCCAUCACUGCCAUCGCUCACUUGCGAUCUGCCAUUCUCUAUUUCAUCGAUUGCUCAGAGCAAUGCGGCUACCCAAUCAAGGCUCAGAUCGAGCUGUUCAAGAACUUGAAGCCUCUGUUCUCCAACAAGCUUGUCUUCAUUGUCUGCAACAAGAUCGACAUCCUCAAGCCCGAGGAGCUCGACGCUGCCACGGCCGAGGAAUUGCAGUCGCUGCUCAGUGGCGGCGAUGUUGAGCUGCUUCAGACAUCUUGUAACACGCAGGAGGGUGUUCAGGACGUCAAGAACACCGUUUGCGAGCGCCUCAUCGCUGAGCGUGUCUCCCAGAAGCUGAAGGCUGGUACAAACGCCAGUGGCAACAUUGGUGGGCGAUUGGCAGAUGUCAUGGGCAGAAUCCACGUUGCCCAGCCAAUGAACGGCACAGCCCUGGAGACCUUCAUCCCCGAGGGUAUCAAGAACAUGAGGAAGUUUGACAAGAGCGACCCCGAGCGACGCAGGCUUGCUCGUGACGUCGAAGAGGAGAAUGGUGGUGCCGGCGUAUACAACGUCGAUCUUCGGGCCGACUACAUCCUCGAGAACCCUGAGUGGAAGCACGAUAGGAUACCUGAGAUCUUCGAUGGCAAGAACGUCUACGAUUACAUUGACCCAGACAUCGAGGCCAAGUUGCAGGCGCUGGAAGAGGAGGAGGAGAAGCUCGAGGCCGAAGGCUACUAUGACUCGGACGAGGAGAUUGAUGAUGCCGAGGAGGCAGACGUCCGCUCCAAGGCUGAGCUCAUCAGGGAGAAGCAGGCACUCAUUCGCAACGAGAACAAGAUGCGCAAGUCUCUGAAGAACCAGGCCCUGAUUCCUCGCAAGAAGCUCAAGAAGAACUUGUCAGAGCUCGAGGAGGGUCUCGAUAUCUUGGGUGUCGACACGACAGAUCUGGCUCUGCGGGCGAGGUCGACGACGCACGAAGAGCGUGGACGAUCCAUGUCCAGGUCUCGUAUGGCCAGCGUGGCUACAGACGCCAUGGACGUUGACGAAACCCCUAGAGAUAGACUUCGGUCCAAGAGCAGAGCAAGGAGCCAGCCGGCUACCAACAGAUUGGAAGACGGUGUCACUGACGAGUUGGCGAAGACAAAGGUGGAGAGGGCAGCCAAGGUUGCUCAGAGGAAGAUGAACCGCAUGGCCAGGCAAGGUGAGGCCGACAGGCAUAUUGGUACAGCGAUGCCCAAGCAUUUGUUUGCUGGCAAGAGAACCGUUGGCAAGACGCAACGGCGUUAAGGCAAAAUGUGGAUGUUAUGAGCUGGUGUGUUGUGAAUAUGCAUAUGACAAUAGGUCUCAUGAUGACUUUUCGGAUUGGCGUUCGGGCGUCUGCCACAAAACUGGGAUCCUUGUUAGAUGUCUCGAGAUACUUUCCGUAAUUGAGCUUUUAUACCCCUUUGA